UUUUGAUCUAGAUUUCGGUUGGGGUCAUGAACCAGACAAAACAUGGCCUCAAGCCGGUAAGAGGGAAAACACUUCCCGUAAAUGUGGAACCUCAGUGGACGGCGGAGCAACUUUUGGCGGUUGCAAUGAAAAAACUGAAAGAUUUCAACCGAGAUAUGGAAGAUGGAGAAUAUGUCUUGCUAUAUCCGGAUGGCUCUCGAGUUAAAAAUAUACCAGGGACUGACACACCCUUUACAAUCGAAAAAUACAAAGAGGCUAUUGGAAAGGCGUACCAAAGGCUCACACUUUAUAUCUGCACCCUUGAGGUCAUGAGUAAGUAUUGAAAUACAGUGUAUGCACAUGUAAAACAAAUCAAAAUACUUUUUGUGAUUAUUGUUUUGAGUUUGUGGGAUUCCAGCAACAGUUAAGUAAUUAGUAUUAGUAAAUUGUGGUGAGGGUGCCACCCAAUAUGUCGCCUCUUUCGGACACAGUGGUAGGUACAUCUCAGGGAUUUAUUUGUUCAAGAUGUUUGUGCUUACACUGCAGUUGUAACCCAUUUAAAUAUCCUAGACAACAGAUGAGGCAUAUACAUUGGUUUGAUUCGUUGUUAUGGCUAUGAAUAAGUGUAGGGUUUGAUAUUUACACUCCGCAGCUAUGGGAAAGCCUUGAAAGCAGCACACCGGAUUUGUAAGUAAAAUAUCUGCUGACACAUUGUUUUGGUCCCUGUACCAGCCAUAUAAAUAAUAUGUUUCAGAAAGAGUUUCAUGUCCUUUACAAAACAGUCACUAUUUCUAUUAAAUCGUUUUGAAUUAUUUGUACUUUUUAGGAGAUCGACAACAUCCCAGUCAUUCAGUGGACAAACCAAGAGUGCGUCAAGGCCCCAGCAGAUGACCACCUCAGUAGAUCAGCCCAGCACUUCAAGUGAAUUCUACAAUACAUACACAGAUAUAUAUGCACCUGUUGUAAUUGAGAGCGGUUCCUCAGAUUCUGGGGAAGAGGAGAAGUUCCAAGAGGAUCACAGUGAUGGACUGACAGCUUCUGACGUGGUCCUAAAUCUGUCACAGAAACUUGACACAAAGUCCUUUAGCAGAUUUAAUAUAAACCGGGCCAAUGUCUGGGAUGGUGCCAUUAGAGGGUUCAAGCGAUCCUCGUAUGACCCUAGCUACACUAUAAUGGUGAAAUUCAAGGAUGAUGCUGGGUUGACCGAAGACGCUGUGGACACCGGUGGGCCUACCAGAGAAUUUCUUACCCUUUUGAUGGACUCCAUCAAAACAAGACGAGUAUUUUAUGGCAAAGACAAUGCCAAAUACCUGUCAUUUGAUUGCAAAGCUGUAGAAGAGGAUGAAUACUUCCAGAUAGGAAGAAUGAUUGCCGUCUCCUGUGUCAAUGGUGGUCCAGGGCCUCGUUGUCUUUCCCCAAACCUCUUCCUCUACCUCAUUGGUAAAUCUAAGACAAUUGAGGCUCCAAUUGAGGACAUACAUGAUGAGGAAGUGAAGAAGGCCCUCUUGGAGAUAAAGAGCACUACAUCACUGAGGGAACUUCGGGGUCUCACAGAAAAGCACUCAAGUAUGCUUCAGACAGCAGGCUGUUUUCGAUUUAUGAGGACUCUGGAGGAUCAGAAAAAAGUCGUCGAGGAUUACAUUCACUGGUAUUUAAUCUAUCGUAACCAUCAUUCCAUCCAGAGGUUCAAGGAAGGACUAGCGACGCUGGAUUUUGUAAACGCACUGGAACAGCAUCCUUCAUUGUUCUUCUCAUUCAUGUGCUACACGGAGACAAAACUGACUGCUGAUGCUUUGGAAAACAUCUUUCAGGUGGAGUUCAGUCCACCUGGUAGCACCAGGUGUCAGGAAGAGGCCAGAGUACUGGGCUACUGGCGAGAUUAUCUGCUCUACGUUGAAGAAAAACAGGCGAGCCCAUUUUUGGAGGAUGUCCUGAUGUUUGGGACCGGGUUGAGGGAAGUUCCUCCUGCAACUAUUCAGCCACAGCCACAGACAGGGGCGGACUGGCCAUCGGGAAUACCGGGGACAUCCCCGGUGGGCCGAUGGCCGAAAAUAUAAAUCCAACGGCCCAUCACCAUGAUGUACCGGCCCACGCCCAUCAUCGAAUCAGCCCUACAAUGGUUGAAACAGCGGCACAAGCGUAAUUUUCUCCAAGAGCUAUACCUAUCUAUUCGCACUGACUGCUUUUAUACUGCUACUCGCAAUCGGUCUUCACACUCAUGGUGACUAUUUUUCGAUUUUUUUUUAAGUGUCUUUUAAUAUGUGUUUUACAGACUUCGGAAGUCCAAAGUAAGAAAAGAUCUCCACCUUAUUAAUAAACACCUCUAAAUUGGUUCUUACACAGCCGAAGUGUAGAGAAUUUGGAUUUGCAUACAUACACGCAACGCGGCACCCAGUUAUACGCAUGCGCACCGCCGUGUAUUGAGUGGGCCGGUCUGACAGAAACUCCCGGGCCACUUUUUUCCCCCAGUCCGCCCCUGGCCACAGAUACUUUUUCAAAAGACCUCACACUUUCCUGUCGCAAAUGUAUGUUCUAAUACAAUUUAGAUUCCGAUCUUACAAAGCUAUGAAGACUUUCAAGAAGCCAUGGAUUUGGGCUUCUUUAAAGCUCAAACCAAUUGCUGAUCACUGGGAUCACACAGAAUGUCCAGCAAGUACUUAUUUAAAGCCCAAAACCUGGUUCACCAAAGUUAAUGUUAAAGUAUUAUAUGCAAAUGCUGCAAAUGUGCCACUUAUUUUCUGACCAUUUUAGGAAUGCAGACAUGUUCAUAUCAGUCUGAGUUUUUAGCCUGCAAUUUGUUAGUUAAAGUUUCAAGCUAUUUUAUCAAAACGAGGCACAUUCAGUUUAAACAUUUUGAUUGUACUGUUACACUGUUCAACAUCUUGAAGCUGUUUUAUUUUUUACAUGUUACAGUUUUCAUUAAAGACCACAGGGUUUUCCAUGUGUGGUAUAUUCAUUGUGUUGACAAAAUCUAAUAUUUACAAAAGAAACUGAUGUAACAGAACAAAUAAAUGAA